GCGGGAGCCGGAGCCGGAGCGGGAUCCCGACGUGGCCGCGGGGCCUCCCGUCUCCCUUCACUGUCAAGAUGCGGUACAACGAGAAGGAGCUCCAGGCGCUGUCCCGGCAGCCGGCAGAGAAGGCGGCGGAGAUCGGGAUGCGGGUCCCCAAGAAGGGCAGCGUGGUGAAACGGAGGCUCGUGAAGCUGGUGGUGAAUUUCCUCUUUUAUUUCCGGACAGAUGAAGCAGAGCCUAUCGGAGCCCUGCUUCUGGAGCACUGCCGGAUUGCCGAGGAAGAGCCAAGUGUCUUCUCUAUCAGUUUCAUUGAGGAACCCGACAGGAAGUACUACUUUGAGUGCAGCAGUGAGGAACAAUGCCAGGAGUGGAUUGAUGCCCUGAGGAGAGCGAGCUAUGAGUUCAUGCGGAGAAGUCUCAUCUUUUAUAGGAAUGAGAUCCAGAAGAUGACGGGAAAGGACCCCUUGGAGCAGUACGGUAUCUCCGAAGAGGCCAGGUUCCAGCUGAAUACGCACCAGGCAUGAGCAUCAGUCCUAAGAAAGAAGUCCGCCUUGCUCUACUCCCUGCCAGUGUUCACCCUAGUGACUAUUGGGGGAUUGGGGGGGAGGGAAGGGGGAGAAAAGGAGAAGAACGGAUUUACAGACCUCAGGCCUCCUACAGCAGAAGACCUCACCCCGGGACUGGCAAUGGGCUGCCUGGAUUGUUUCAACAAGAUCUGGGCCCAGAGGAAGGAAGGGAAUGAAAUGUACUUUUUCUUCUCUGGUUGAAAAAAGUAAUCAAGGACUAGAGGUAGGGCUCUUUCAAGAAUGCCUUCACUGGAGCCGGGCAGAGUGGUCCCCAGGCUUAAGGGCUGCAGCUGGGGUCUCAAACCAAGGGAUGGGGCCGAGCAUCAGUCUUCUUGGACAGUGUUUCCAUGGCCUCUGUAGGUGAAUGCAGACAGUGUGGAAGGGGGAAGGAAGCCAUUAAUGAGCUUGGUGCUGCUGUGGAAGUUGUCCUUCAAGCCCUGGUUCGUAAAGGCCCCUUCCGUCCCUUCCCAGCAUAAACCUGCUUUCCUCUUAUCCCCUGGCCCUAGAGGCUGUACCGAGUCAGUGAUGUGGCCCUGGAUAAGUCAUUUAUCUAUAAAAGGAGGGUAGACUAGCUGAUCUCUUCUGAGGUGUCAUGCCAUUUGGGUAAGAAGUGUGAGAGGAAAGGGUAGAGCAAACCUAGCAAAAGGCUCUUGGGAUGCUGGGGGCUACCUUCUACCCUGGAAGCUGGUUUCUGUAAAGUAUAAGUCAAGCCUCCGCUAACCCUGUUGGGCCAUUUCUGACAUAGCCAGAAACUUAGAAGGGGAUGCUACAGUUUGAGCAAAGUAAACAAGCCUUGUGUUGGCCUCUGUCCUCCACUGGCUUCAUAAGCCAAAGGAGUGAGGGUAAUCCAGGGAGCAGGUGAGAGAGAACACACCCUGGGAUUUCAUUACCCAGACCUGCCUGAAGAUGGCCUUGAGCCAGAGGACGCUGGCCCCUGCCCAGGCUUUUUUGGCAACGGAGGCUCUGCACUUCUGUCUCCCUAUCUACUUGAAUGUAUGCUACUAGAUGAUGCUGUGAAUGGCUGGGGGGGGGGGGGGGGUGGUGCAAACCCCACGUGAUUAUUGAUUCUACUUUCGGGUGCUGACCAGCUGCAAGAAGCUCUCCUUUUCAUUUCUGCUUCUGUUCCGUCUGGGAAGUGGCUCUCCAGGUACUGUCCUAGGGAGUGUCUUGUGGAUUUGGAAUAAAUGUCUCUUUUUCAAGA